AUGUCGAGGAUAGAGGAAGUGCAGUCAUCGAUGGACUACGAGGCUUUAGCGGAGUCGCAGAAAAAUGACAAGGAGCUUAGACAACUAUUAGAACAGGGAUCGAGCUUGAAGCUGGAGAAGGUGGAAAUCCCGGGAGCCAGCGUGGCUAUAUACUGUGACACGUCAACGGGAACGUCGCGCUCAUUCUUGACAAAACCUUUCCGUCGCGUAGCGUUUGAUUUGAUUCACAGGGUACCUUGCCAAAAAUCUAAAGUCACUCGUCAUGUAAGGGCGCUCUUGGGAAAAUUUGCGGCAUUGGGCAGGUUCGAGCAUAUCCACUUGGACAUUAUCGUGAUGCCCGUGUCCAAAGACCAGGAAGCAGAGACGGUAGCAAGAGCAUUUUAUCACGAUUGGAUUUGCAAGUUCGGAACAGCGCUCAGAGUUACGACAGAUCAAGGCCGUCAAUUUGAGUCUCGACUUUUCCAACGGCUAAGCGAGCUCACUGGCACAUCGCAUCUGAGAACGACUGCUUAUCAUCCGCAGGCAAAUGGCAUGGUGGAAAGAUUCCAUAGACAACUCAAGGCCGCCAUCAAGUGCCAGGAAAACAACCGAUGGACUGAGGUGCUGCCGACCGUCCUGUUGGAGAUACGGACAGCAUGA